CCCAACCUGUGCCGGGAAGGCGGCCAGAGCUUGAGGCAGAGCUCUGACCUGGUGGUCCCUGAGCAGCCUCCCAGCAGGGAGAAGCCCUUCAGGUGCUUGGAAUGUGGGAAGAGCUUCAGGCAGAGCACCGACCUCAUCCGACACCAGCACAUCCACACUGGGGAACGUCGCUACACGUGUGGGGAUUGUGGGAAGACCUUCAGCCAAACCUCCCACCUGCUCCGGCACAGCCACAUCCACACUGGGGAACAGCCCUAUAUGUGUCGGGAAUGUGAGAAGAGCUUCAGACAGAGCUCCCACCUGAUCCGUCACCAGCGCAUCCACACCAGGGAACAGCCCAGGAAAGAGCAGCCUCCCAGCAGGGAGAAGCCCUUCAGGUGCUUGGAAUGUGGGAAGAGCUUCAGGCAGAGCACCGACCUCAUCCGACACCAGCUCAUCCACACUGGGGAACGGCCCUACACGUGUGGGGAUUGUGGGAAGAGCUUCAGCCAAACCUCCCACCUGAUCCGGCACAGCCACAUCCACACUGGGGAACAGCCCUAUAUGUGUCGGGAAUGUGAGAAGAGCUUCAGACAGAGCUCCCACCUGAUCCGUCACCAGCGCAUCCACAGCAGGGAA